GGCUUGAGCAGAGAUCAAUGGGCAUAGACUAUAUAGAAAAAAUAAUAAUUUGGAUUUUGGCGUCCGUCACGUUGACGAUACCCGGCGAAUUAAUCUUAAAUUUUUAUACUUUUACUUAGAAAAACCAAAUAAUAAAAAAUGGCGGCGGCUAUGCCAAUCAAUCCCAAACCUUUCCUAAAUAGCCUUACUGGAAAAGCUGUGCUUGUAAAAUUAAAGUGGGGACACGAGUACAAAGGCCUGCUAGUGUCUGCUGAUGGGUACAUGAAUUUACAACUUGCUAACACAGAAGAAAUCAUCGAUGGUUCUUGUACAGGUAACCUUGGAGAAGUUCUAAUCAGAUGUAACAAUGUUUUAUAUGUCAGAGGAGCUGAAGAAGAGGAUGAAGAAGGGGAAAUGAAAGAAUAGUAAAAGACUAACAAAUGAUGCAAAUUAAGGAAUAAAGAUAUAAAUUGUAUUCAAAUUUUUCAGUGUAAUUUUCCUACAUAAUAUUUUUAUAACAAAAGUAAUUCCAAAUUGAUCACCAUAGUAAGUAAAUUAAAAAAAAAACAAGUGUAUCAGGAAAAUUAAUUUUUUGAUGAAAUAAAAUACUGAUGUUUAUUCAAAGAGUUCUGUAAGUAAUUAUAAGUUAGAUUUAAUUAUUUUUAAGGGAUGAACGUGAUUUUACACUAAAGUUAAGAAUUAAAAGUAAUUGACAAAAUAAA